AUGCCUAGAUCGGCCUACAAGGGGGAUCCUGCCGUCAGAGUGGCGGGGACGGAACCCACAGACUCCUCACCCGCCACUAGCUCUUCCGCCGUUAGAGGUGCCUCCAUGCUCAUCAGCCUCCAGCUCAUAUCCCGCCUCGUCACCUUCGCCGCGAACCAGAUCCUCCUCCGCUUCCUCACAGCCCCUCUUCUCGGUCUGUCGACGCAGCUAGAAGUAUACUACCUGUCUGUCCUCUUCUUUGCUCGGGAGAGUCUACGCGUGGCCAUUCAGCGCCAGGGUCCUGCAACAGCACCGACAAGCAGUGAGUCGCCGACCCCCAACAAGACGACUUCUGCUGCCGCCAGGGAGAGCCAGGCCAUCGUCAACCUCGGAUAUAUUGCCGUUGGGCUAGGAUCCGUCGUCAGCGUGGCACUGGGAUGGCUGUACCUCUCUUAUGCCAGCGAGGCAUCCCUGGCUGAGCCGUACCUGGCCCUGUCACUGAGGCUGUACGGCGUGGCAGCCAUGGUGGAGCUCCUGUCCGAGCCAUGCUUUGUCCUGCUCCAGACACGUAUGCAGUUUGGUACGCGUGCGGCCGCCGAGUCAACAGCCACUUUCUUCCGGUGCGCCGUCGUCCUGGGAUCAGCCGUGUGGGGAUCUUCCCGCGACUUGGGUGUCCUGCCCUUUGCUCUGGGCCAGCUGAGCUACGGCCUUGUCCUGCUGAUGGUGUACGCCGUUUCGGGUCAGAAAGAGGCCUCAGCCACGGGAUUCUCCCUCCUCCCGCGGCCCGCACUUGCCGACGGCAGCUACUUGUACCGUCCGACCGUCCGGCUCGCGGGGAGUAUGAUGGCCCAGAGCGUCGUCAAGCACCUCCUCACCCAAGGGGACACGUUCCUGAUCUCGCUCCUGUUGACACCCCAGGUCCAGGGGGCGUAUGCGCUCGCCAACAACUACGGCGGGCUGAUCGCCCGUCUGCUCUUCCAGCCCGUCGAGGAGAGCAGCCGUAGCUACUUCUCUAGACUGCUGUCCACGCAGCCUACAAACAAGCCUAGCAAGCCGUGCCCUGCCGUGCUCGAGGCCAAGAAGAGUCUCUAUACUCUCGUCAGGCUGUAUAUACUACUCUCGACAGCCGUUGUAAGCCUCGGCCCAUUUGCCGCCCGUCCGCUGCUGGCCAUUGUAGCCGGGAGACGGUGGGUCAACUCCGGGGCAGGCGACGUCCUGGCCGUGUACUGCUUCUAUAUCCCGUUCCUGGCCCUCAAUGGCAUUGCCGAGUCGUUCAUUGCGUCUGUGGCCACCGAGGCCGAGGUGCACCGCCAGUCAGGUUGGAUGGGCGUCUUCUCCGUCGCCUUUGCCGCCUCAGCCUAUCUCUUCAUGCGUGUGCUCCCCCUGGGCGCCAAUGGCCUCGUCAUUGCCAACUCGAUCAACAUGCUCUGUCGUAUACUGUGGUGCGCCGUGUCCAUCUCCCGCUUCUUCAAGUCCCGCGGCACCGACGCUGGGUUUGGCGCAUUGUUCCCGCGCAGCGCCAUGCUUCUCGCAGCCGCCACGGCCGCCGUGAUGCAUUGGCUCGACAUUGCCGACGGCGCUGAGCAACAACCUUUUGCGGCAUUGGUCAGGGUGUCUUCGUUUGCCCUGCCGUUGUUGUUAUCCUUGGCCGAACACGGAUAA